AUGCAAGCAUUGUGGAAGCAUCAGAUUGAUUGGGACACACCACUGCCAGCAGCAUUUCAAGAAGAGUGGCGUGAAUUCCAGACUCAAAUUGGGGAACUUUCGAAACUAAUUGUACCCAGAUUUGCUCUAUCGCUAAGAAAGUCAACAAAAAUCGAGAUCCAUGGUUUCUGCGAUGCAUCAGAGGCUGCUUACGGGUCGUGUCUAUAUCUGCGUUCAAUUGCACCGGAUGGGUCAUGCACUGUUAGAUUGCUCACAGCCAAAUCCCGAGUUGCACCCAUCGAUAACAAGUCCAUACCCCGAUUAGAGCUGUGCGGAGCUCUACUACUUGCACAUCAAUUAGAGAACACAACGGAAAUCAUCGAUAUCAAGGCGACAAUCUAUCUUUGGACAGAUUCGGCAGUUGUGCUUUGCUGGCUCUCGGCUCCACCGUCGUCAUGGCAAGCAUUCGUCGCCAACAGAGUGGCAGAGAUCCAGGAACUAACACCCCAUGCGACAUGGAAUCAUGUACCCAGCGAGGAUAACCCAGCCGAUCUUUUAUCCCGUGGUCUAGACUUGGUUGAUUUGUCUAAUUCUUCUCUGUGGUGGAACGGACCAAAGUGGUUGGCAACCCAAAGUGAACCCUGGCCAACAAAAUUUAAAGUCAAAGAGAAUGCUCAUCAAAGUGCUCCUGAAUAUAACCCGAGGAAGGCUGUAGCCCUAGCAGCGACCAUCUCCCCCGAAGAAGAAGAAUUUACUGCGCAAUUUUCAUCACUGAACCAAUUGAUCUACGUGGCAGCCUGGGGGUUGCGAUUCGCCCACAACAUUCGCUCAUUACCCAAUCAAGGUCGUUCAGGUCCACUCACCGUCGAUGAAAAACACUCCGCAUUGCUGAAAAUAGUCGGUCACAUCCAAAGUGAAAACUUCAAAAUUGAAAUAGCGGCUCUACAGAAUGAUAAACCGUUAGCGUUUUCGUCGAAACUUCGCUACUUGAAACCGAAACUAAUCGAUGGACUUAUUCGAGUGGGAGGUCGUCUUCAUUAUGCUCCCAUCGCCAUUGAUGCCAAACAUCCACUGAUUUUGCCCAAGAAACAUCCCUUCACAGACUUAAUCGCCCGGUCAGAACACCUAAGAACUCUCCAUGGUGGCCCACAAUUACUUCUUGCCACAAUCCGACAACGUUUUUGGCCACUAGGCGGUCGUGACCUAGUUCGACGAAUUGUCCACACCUGCGUAACUUGUACCCGUGCGAAACCCCAUACCAUAGUGCAGCAAAUGGGCAACUUACCAGCCGAUAGAAUCACAAGCAGCUUCGUUUUCGAAAAUGUCGGCGUAGAUUUCGCUGGCCCAAUGUACAUUCGUUCUGGCAUCCGCCGAGUAACAGCUACCAAGGCGUAUGUGGCUGUAUUCGUAUGCCUAGCCACGAAGGCUGUCCAGCUGGAAUUAGUCAUGAGCUUAACCACCCCCGCAUUUGUGGCCGCUCUUGAGAGAUUCAUUGCGAACCACGGAAAACCUUCCAAUAUCUAUUGCGACAAUGCCAAAAACUUUCGAGGAGCAUGCAAUCAACUAGCCCAGCUCAAAAAACUGUUCCUUUCUGAGCAACAUAAGGAUGCGGUUCGAAACUUCUGUCGAAAGGACGACAUUCAGUUCCACUUUAUUCCUCCGAGGUCACCGUCGUUUGGGGGUCUGUGGGAGGCCUGUGUGAAAUCUAUGAAAUUCCACCUGAGACGCAUUGUGGGGAAUGCGAAAUUGGAUUGCGAAGAGUUCAUCACCGCCCUGGCUAAGGUGCAAGCCAGUCUCAACUCUCGUCCAAUCACGCCCUUGUCAACUGAUCCGUCAGACCUACAAGCAUUGACUCCGGGUCACUUCGUCAUUGGUCGGCCAAUAAAUUCCUUACCUGAGCCAGACAGAACAGACAUCCCACCCAGCAAGCUUGCCAAAUGGCAACGAGUGCAGCAGAUUUCCCAGCAUUUCUGGAAGCGGUGGCAAUGCGAAUAUUUGACGACACUACAGCAGACUUACCGUUGGACCACUGCUACAAAGAAUCUGGCAGUUGGCUCAAUGGUGAUCAUCAAAGAAGAGAACCUGCCACCCCUCAAGUGGCAACUAGCACGAGUUGUAGCUGUGCACCCAGGUGAUGACGGCCUGGUGCGAGUAGCUACAGUUGAAACAGCGAACGGGCGAUUCACACGAUCCAUUCACAAAUUGUGUCUGCUUCCCAUUGAAGUGGACAAGGAUCACCUACCGCCGGUCCGGCAUUCCAGCACGGCGGCCGGCGCAGAAGAAAACGACGAAACAGAACAAGGCGAGGAUGUCAGCUCCACAGCUGGCAACACAAAGCAAUAA